GUGGGAGUGUGACGCUACAACCACCUUAUAAAGGGACUCACCGUGUGUCUUGAAAUUAGAGCACGUUGCCUAAAUUUGAGGUCUCCACACAGUCACUGAAAAGCCGCUGUCAUGCAUUCGUUGAAGUUGGACCACAUGCUUCAUAUGACCGAGACGCCGCUCUUCUGGGUCGGGACAUUCACCGUGGCCUCACUGUCUUUAUGGGUGCUCCACCGACUCCUCCAGGGUUUUCGGAUUUGGGUCUUGGGAAAUGGACAGUUGCUCUCUCCGAAAUUGGGCAAAUGGGCAGUUGUGACUGGAGCCACUGACGGAAUCGGGAAAGUCUAUGCAGAGAAGCUUGCUGGAAAAGGGUUUGCCAUGAUGCUCAUCAGUCGCUCCCAGGACAAGCUGGAUGACGUCGCCAGGCAGCUUGAGGAGCAAUACAAGGUGGAGACCAAGGCCAUCGCUGUGGACUUUGGUCUGUCGGACAUCUACCCCAAGAUCGAAGCUGGACUGGCAGGCCUGGAGAUCGGAGUGUUGGUGAACAAUGUUGGAAUCUCCUAUCCCUACCCUGAAUACUUCCUGCAUAUUCCUGACCUGGACAACUUCAUCACCAACAUGAUCAAUGUCAACAUGACCUCUGUUUGUCAGAUGACCCGUCUUGUCCUGCCCAGAAUGGUUCAGAGGUCCAAAGGUGUGGUCCUCAACAUCUCCUCUGCUAGUGGCAUGUACCCUGUCCCACUCCUCACUGUAUACUCCUCUUCCAAGGCUUUUGUGGACUUCUUCUCUCGUGGACUUCAGGAGGAGUACAAGGCCAAGGGAAUCAUUGUCCAGAGUGUACUGCCCUUCUUUGUGGCCACCAAGAUGACCCGUAUCAAGAAGCCCACCCUGGACAAGCCCACCCCUGAGCGCUAUGUGGCCGCGGAGCUGAACACCAUCGGACUGCAGGGCCAGACCAACGGCUACUUCCCCCACGCUGUAAUGGGCUGGCUUACCACUGUCCUGGUGCCUAUUAACUUGGUCAUCUACUUCGGGGCCAGGAUGAACCGAGCCCAACGCACCGGAUACCUGAAGAGGAGGAAGCUGAGGGAACUGGCCAACCAGAGCAACGGGAAGAGUGACAGGCUGAAGAGCGAGUAAAACCAACUCCAUAGCAACGAAUGGAGACUAGAAGCUGACCAUAGAACUUCCAUUCAACUACCCUGGACUGUCAACGUUUCACAUUGUUUAGUUUUAGCCAUAAACUGGCACACCUGAUUCCAUUAGUUGACUAAUGGUGUCAGGUGUGCCAUUUUAGGGUUAAAACCAUGAGAAACGUCUGGGGAAGCCUGAUUUAGAGGGUUGGGCAACGCUGCAUUAGAUAAUGUUGUUGAAUUUUCACUAUUUUUGUGUGUCACGGAGUCCAUAUUGAUAUAACUUUAGCAAGUCUCUCUGAAUGAAGUGGUAACUGGCCACAGUGGCAGGAACAAAAUAAAUGAAAGGAAAAGGUCUUUGUUCUCAGCACAGGGAAUAGUUAUUUUUCUAUGUAUCAAAAAUCAAUUGGUGAUAAGAACCUCAAAUAUAUUUUUAUGUACGUAAAAGCAAGCUAGAUCUUCAGGCACUUUACGAAGUUGUGUUUAUACGCUGUGGCUGAAAAGUGUACAAGUGAUAAUCUUAAUCCCUCCUGUACUUGAUUCCUAAUUUCCUUAACACCUCUCUAAGAUCAUUGGAGGACAGGCUCAAAAGGUCCCACCCCUCGAACCCCUUCCAAUGAGCUUCCAGAGGGAGGAAUCAAGAACCCGGAUAGUCAAUUGAUGGCUUGUACACGUUUCAGACCUUAGCCCAUGUAAGGAACUCUCUCCAGCCUCCGUUUGUCUUGACUUGAGCUGAGUUGUUGGCUUUUUUGUGUGUGGUUGUUUUUGUGGAUUUGUUUUGUUUCCUAGUUUUAAGUUGUCCAAGGUUGUUUUAUGGAUUUGAUGGAGGGAAACAAAAGUACAUUCUUUUCUCUUUCUCAUCCAGGUCAUGUUGGUUUUGGUCCAACAGGGACUCUGGCACAUUGAAGUCCUUGUAUGGAGCUCUGAACUAGUGACAAUAAUAGUUGAAAAGCUGACUGUACAUGCUGUUGGCGUACAGCUCAUACACUGUAUUGCAGAUACCAAAGAUUGUAUGUAUUAUAUUGUGCAAGAUUGCGUCUUUGUACAACGAGCACAACUCUUUCUGACUGUGUUUGUAUGGGGGUUUGGUCUGUAAUGCCUUGUUCAGACUUUAACCGUGGUGCCUUUUUUAGAAGAGUUUUCAGUGUGAAACUCCCCCAGUUUUACAUGAUAUGGGAUGUUGAGCAGUGAAUUGCCAUGAACUCCUGCUACUUUGCACCUGUAUAAUAUUCAGAACUUUUCUAUGAUUUAUAACUUUGCACAGUAUUUUUUUAAUGUGCUCUGUAGUUUCACUCCAACUUUUUGUAUGAUCUCUGGAUAUUAUUAAUGAACAUGUACUAUGCUGUUUUAAAAGGGAUUCAAAUGCUAAGUUUAUAGUCCUUGUGUGUUAAAAGAAAAAAAGUUUAUAAAACAUGGCGUAUGCUUUU